UUCCUGUAUCUCGCUGUCUGGCCUUCCUCCCCCUGCAGGGGUCUGAUGUUGGCAUGCCUGGGUUUCCUGUAUCUCACUGUCUGGCCUGCCUCCCCCUGCAGGGGUCUGAUGUUGGCAUGUAUAGGUUUCCUGUAUCUCACUGUCUGGCCUGCCUCCCCCUGCAGGGGUCUGAUGUUGGAAUGUAUAGGUUUCCUGUAUCUCACUGUCUGGCCUGCCUCCCCCUGCAGGGGUCUGAUGUUGGCAUGUAUAGGUUUCCUGUAUCUCACUGUCUGGCCUGCCUCCCCCUGCAGGGGUCUGAUGUUGGCAUGUAUAGGUUUCCUGUAUCUCACUGUCUGGCCUGCCUCCCCCUGCAGGGGUCUGAUGUUGGCAUGCCUGGGUUUCCUGUAUCUCACUGUCUGGCCUGCCCGCAGGGGUCUGAUGUUGGAAUGUAUAGGUUUCCUGUAUCUCACUGUCUGGCCUGCCUCCCCCUGCAGGGGUCUGAUGUUGGCAUGUAUAGGUUUCCUGUAUCUCACUGUCUGGCCUGCCUCCCCCUGCAGGGGUCUGAUGUUGGCAUGUAUAGGUUUCCUGUAUCUCACUGUCUGGCCUGCCUCCCCCUGCAGGGGUCUGAUGUUGGCAUGUAUAGGUUUCCUGUAUCUCACUGUCUGGCCUGCCUCCCCCUGCAGGGGUCUGAUGUUGGCAUGUAUAGGUUUCCUGUAUCUCACUGUCUGGCCUGCCUCCCCCUGCAGGGGUCUGAUGUUGGAAUGUAUAGGUUUCCUGUAUCUCACUGUCUGGCCUGCCUCCCCCUGCAGGGGUCUGAUGUUGGCAUGUAUAGGUUUCCUGUAUCUCACUGUCUGGCCUGCCUCCCCCUGCAGGGGUCUGAUGUUGGCAUGUAUAGGUUUCCUGUAUCUCACUGUCUGGCCUGCCUCCCCCUGCAGGGGUCUGAUGUUGGCAUGUAUAGGUUUCCUGUAUCUCACUGUCUGGCCUGCCUCCCCCUGCAGGGGUCUGAUGUUGGCAUGUAUAGGUUUCCUGUAUCUCACUGUCUGGCCUGCCUCCCCCUGCAGGGGUCUGAUGUUGGCAUGUAUAGGUUUCCUGUAUCUCACUGUCUGGCCUGCCUCCCCCUGCAGGGGUCUGAUGUUGGCAUGUAUAGGUUUCCUGUAUCUCACUGUCUGGCCUGCCUCCCCCUGCAGGGGUCUGAUGUUGGCAUGUAUAGGUUUCCUGUAUCUCACUGUCUGGCCUUCCUCCCCCUGCAGGGGUCUGAUGUUGGCAUGUAUAGGUUUCCUGUAUCUCACUGUCUGGCCUGCCUCCCCCUGCAGGGGUCUGAUGUUGGCAUGUAUAGGUUUCCUGUAUCUCACUGUCUGGCCUUCCUCCCCCUGCAGGGGUCUGAUGUUGGCAUGCCUGGGUUUCCUGUAUCUCACUGUCUGGCCUGCCUCCCCCUGCAGGGGUCUGAUGUUGGCAUGCCUGGGUUUCCUGUAUCUCACUGUCUGGCCUGCCUCCCCCUGCAGGGGUCUGAUGUUGGCAUGCCUGGGUUUCCUGUAUCUCACUGUCUGGCCUGCCUCCCCCUGCAGGGGUCUGAUGUUGGCAUGUAUAGGUUUCCUGUAUCUCACUGUCUGGCCUGCCUCCCCCUGCAGGGGUCUGAUGUUGGCAUGUAUAGGUUUCCUGUAUCUCACUGUCUGGCCUUCCUCCCCCUGCAGGGGUCUGAUGUUGGCAUGCCUGGGUUUCCUGUAUCUCACUGUCUGGCCUGCCUCCCCCUGCAGGGGUCUGAUGUUGGCAUGCCUGGGUUUCCUGUAUCUCACUGUCUGGCCUGCCUCCCCCUGCAGGGGUCUGAUGUUGGCAUGUAUAGGUUUCCUGUAUCUCACUGUCUGGCCUUCCUCCCCCUGCAGGGGUCUGAUGUUGGCAUGCCUGGGUUUCCUGUAUCUCACUGUCUGGCCUGCCUCCCCCUGCAGGGGUCUGAUGUUGGCAUGCCUGGGUUUCCUGUAUCUCACUGUCUGGCCUGCCUCCCCCUGCAGGGGUCUGAUGUUGGCAUGCCUGGGUUUCCUGUAUCUCACUGUCUGGCCUGCCUCCCCCUGCAGGGGUCUGAUGUUGGCAUGCCUGGGUUUCCUGGCUCAAAAGUUGCAGAUGACUACUACUUGGAACUUGGAACCUAUUCUUUGGAACCCGCCAUUCACUGGGUUCUGUGUAAGGUUAUCAUUACAUUCUAUAUUGUGAGAGACAACAGCCGUGAAGAGAAUUAGGUGUGCUUAGAGGUACAGAUAAAAACCUAAUCAAAUGUUAUUUGUCACAUGCUUGGUAAACAACAGGUGUAGACUAACAGUGAAAUACUGACUUACAGGUCAGUUUCCAACAAUACAGAGUUAAAGAUAAAACAUGUAAUAAAAAUACAGACUACAGUUUGAUAUGUUUGUCAUAAAUAUUCGUAACUUUACUGAAAGCAAUAAAAGCACUUAACUUCCAUGUGUCACUGUAAAUAUGGGAAUUACAAUAUUACUAAUCAAUUCAUUAGAAGGUAAAGAUUUAGCUACAGUGUGUCUCUGUGUCACAGAGAUUACAAUGUUGUAAAUGUUUGUACAUUUUGCAUUGCAGAUAAUGAAGGACCUCAAACAAAAGAACAGUUCAAUAAUACCAUGGUUUAGAAUGUCUUCACAGGACAGAAUGUCAAGGGAAAUCUUUAUUUUAUUAUCAAUAACUCAAUUAUCUUUACCACACAUGAUUGUAGCAAGAGUGCAUGAGCUGUAUGCAGUAUCUAUAGCACGUGUCAAUCUCAUUCCACGGAGGGCCGAGUGUCUGCAGGUUUUUGCUCUUCCCUUGUACUUGAUUGAUGAAUUAAGGUCACUAAUUAGUAAAGAACUCCCCUCACCUGGUUAUCUAGGUCUUAAUUUAAAUGAAAAACCAGUACUAGGCCCUCCAUGGAAUGAGAUUGACAACCCUGAUGUAUACCAUACAACAGUACAACAGUAUAUUUCACCACUGCAUUCCACAGCCAUGUCUCUAUAUGCAAACAGCUGGAGGGGGACUCGAACCAGAGGAAGACAAGGCUGUCAGCUAUGGGCGUCACCCCAGCACCCUAGUGAACAGUCAUAUAGAGAUACAAAGCGGGAACAUUAGACUAGUUCAAACUAGUUAACUGUGGUUGUGAGAUGUGGUGUGAACAUCAAUGGCUUAUGUGUUACAGAAAACACACACUAUACUGUUGACUUUGUUAUGGUGUCACAAUCUACUUUCAAAACAAGCAUAUCCCAUCCAUAUAUAGUCAGACUACUGACAACAGAACAGAGGGGCAAUUUCCAUUAAAUGAGAAAGAGAGUUUAUAUUGUAUGUUUUCAAAUAGAUGCUUAUUAAGUAAUAAUGUACAUUGUGGCAUUGCAGAUUUGUUUUACAUUAUGGAGCACUUGUGUACUCAAUAAUAAAAUAUAUAA